UUCCUUUAUAUAUAGGAGAUGAAGAGCACAUAAUGAGAUCCCUUACCGUCACCACUACCAUUACCAUCACUCAACAGAUAAGAGGAAACCAUUGGAGUUUGCUCUUUACGGACAUCUUCUUCAUUCUUCCUCGAUCUUUCUCAUCUGCUAAAGCAAAGAAGCCUUGUCUUGACUACUGUUUUUUGCUUCUUCUUCUAAUUCCUUUGACCACCCUUCAAUUGCAUUACACCACUUCCUACAUUAGCUUUGCUUAAUCUCAAGACCAAGUUCUUUUUUUUUUUUAAAUUGUUUUGAGCCACACCAUUCAUUUUAGAAAAGCAAUUAAAAACCAAUACUUAAUAAUUAAAACACCAGUGACAUUGCUAUAGAUUCCCUAUGGCUCGGUUCUCCAGUUCUCACCAUUCUUUUAUCACGUUCUUGAGCUUCAUUCUGGUCCUGUUUCUUGAAGGUGUUGCGGCUGCCACUUUCACAUUCAUCAAUAGAUGCGAUCACACAGUAUGGCCUGGAAUUCUAGCAAAUCCAGGACGUCCAAAUCUGGAAAGCACAGGCUUUGAACUCAAAAAAGGCAGUUCUCGUUCCUUCCAAGGUCCUACAGGUUGGUCAGGUCGCUUCUGGGGCAGAACAGGCUGCAAGUUCGACGACUCUGGUCACGGAUCAUGCGCUACAGGUGACUGCGGCUCUGGCCAAGUUGAAUGCAAUGGGGCAGGGGUCACCCCACCAGCCACCUUGGCCGAGUUUACGCUCGGUUCAGGGUCGCAGGACUUCUAUGACGUGAGCCUGGUUAAUGGUUACAAUUUGCCUUUGACUGUGGAAGGACAUGGAGGUUCAGGAGAGUGUGCCACUACCGGCUGCGUGACGAAUUUGAACAAAAAGUGCCCGUCUGAGCUGAGAAUCGAUGGUGGCGGCUGUAAGAGCGCCUGCGAUGCGUUUGGGAAACCAGAGUACUGUUGUAAUGGUGCCUACAAUAGUCCAGCUGCUUGCAAACCAUCCAUGUACUCAGAAAUGUUCAAGUCAGCUUGUCCCAGAUCCUAUAGCUAUGCAUUUGAUGAUGCCAGUAGCACUUUCACUUGCACUGGGGCUGAUUAUACCAUCACUUUCUGUCCUAGUGGUCCAAGUUUGAAAUCUUUAAAGGAAGCUGGAACAACAGUGGAAUCAGGGUUGGAUCAUGAUCCAAUGAAGGCAGCUGCAAUGGCCAGUCAAUGGCUAGCAAAUUUGGCCACCGGUGACUCACCCAGAAUCCAACCAUUUUCCCCAACCCAUUUUGGUUUUGCUGUGACUAUUUUUCUUGUCCUUUCUCUCUUCUUGUAGUGUUUCAAGUGAGAAAGAAGUUAGUGACAGAAUCCAGAUUGUAAAGUUCACCCACUACAAAACCAUGCAUAUUUGCAUUGCACCUAAUUAGAUGUAAAUCAUUUUGUUCCAGAAAUAGAAUCCUUCUGCUUUUGGAUCGAAUA